GUUUAUUCGUCUUCGUGCGUAGUAUCGCAGCGUUUUGUGAAACAAAGAGUAUAGACGUUCAAUCGUAUGUCCAUCCAGAAUUUGAACACAUUUGACCCAUUCGCCGAUGCUAUCAAAAGCUCGGAAGACGACGUACAAGAUGGUCUAGUCCACGUCCGUAUUCAGCAGCGGAACGGGCGUAAGACUCUCACAACGGUGCAGGGGCUCUCUUCGGAAUAUGACUUGAAGAAGAUAGUGCGGGCAUGCAAGAAGGAGUUCGCGUGCAACGGAACCGUCGUGGAGCAUCCGGAGUACGGCGAGGUGCUGCAGCUUCAGGGCGACCAGCGCGAGAACAUUUGUCAGUGGCUCACGAAGUCGGGCCUCGUCAAGCCCGAGCAGCUGAAGGUGCACGGCUUCUAAGCCUGCGCUCGCACACGUAACAUGACCAUCUCUCGCCGGCAUACUUUCACUCACUCAACUGUACACAGGCUGGCCCGUUAGGUUAUUUCAUACUUGUAAAGAACAUGUUAUUUAUUUAACAAAUUAUUAAUUGAAUUAACAUGUUAAUUACCAAUAAUUAACAAUUAUGUUAACAAAUUAUUAAUUGAAUCAUCAAAUAUGUCAGUAAUAAAGCGAUUGUUAUUAUUUUGUUCAGUUUAAUUGGACGCAGAAGCGUCGACUUUUUUAACUUUUUUUAUAUGGGAGUCGCAAGGUGCAAGGCGCAGGCCUUUGCGGCCAACAUCUGUGUAAACGUCUGAGCUUUCUAAAUACAUAUUGAUAGGGUUUUACAAUAAUGCGCGCGCUCUCAUGAUAUAAGAAGACUAUGAUCGGUGUGCCUGACGCGGUGGGCGCUGUGUCGUCCACAAAUAAAUAUUGUGUACUUAUGUGAGAUAUUGUAAUCAAUUGUUGCUUUUGUUUGCUAGUAUUUUCGAGAAACGAACAUAAUAAAGACGUGAUAACAUUGAUGAA